UAUUUUGAUUGAUGGAAAUGAUUUUCGUGUCAAUUCUCAGUUUCGAUUCCCAUUAAACAAAAUUUGUGUUUAGCUGCUAGCAUGCCCAGAGCAUCCGGUAGGCCUCUGCCUCUCACGUACCUCCAUCACUGGAAGAAAGUGCUGUGGGUAUCCCUAAGAUGCGUAUAUUUCUUUCUGCUGGUCAAGUGCUUCGAGAAGGGUCUGCAAAUGAAUGUACAGAGGCGUAUGGCCAGCAGACUGCAGCAGGAGAUUGGCAAUGGCUAAUCCAUCUAUAUAAUUGCGGAUAUACGAGGCAAAGGCUUAGGAAAUAGCAGCGGCAGCAGCAGCAUCAGCAGCAUCAGCAUAUGGUUUAUUUUGACAAAGAAUAAAUGACAGUCCGGGAAUGUGUCUUGUGUCUAUUCCCUGCUUAAA